AUGGUAUUUAGACCAACGAUAGCUGCUAAACUAUCGGCAUCCCUGUCCGUAGGUCUAGGUUUUAUUGAGGCUGGAAUCACACUUACUGGUUACAUCAUGAGGACAAAAUUUCCUCUUUCUCUUGAAAUCGCCUAUGGAAAACUACCUGUUACAGAGAUAAAAGCACUGGAUCUAGAGAUAAUCCCACUUGAGUUAAAGUUAGAAGCUUUUGUCAAAAUCCUUUUCUUCAUCGAUAUAAGAACGACUCUGUGGCACUGGACAGCUCCAGUAUUUAAAUAUAGAGUAUUGGAAAAAAUAAAUAAUAGAGGGGACAAAUUUCCACCACGAUUUCCAAGCUGUCCAUCAUCAUGUAGAAAUUACCACUCAAAGAGCACUGCUUCUGUACCAAGUUGUGUGGUUAGCCAACUACAAGGACGACACCCAGUGGAUACUGCCUUCAAUUUAGAGGUGCAAGCUGAAAGUGAUACCAGUGAUUUAACUAUCCAUUACUCAAUUGGCAAACACCCAGGUGGGAAAAAUGUAAUGGACUGGACACUAAUGCGUGGAUCUACACAAAUGAUACCAGCUCAACUGCCAAAUGGUAUUCCCUUAUACUGGACUGUUCGGGUGAAAAACAGCCAAGGUUUAACUAGCUAUGCACAGUGUAAACUUGACACAUACGAUAAUACCCUGCCUGCUGGUAUGGUUGAAGCUUGCUAUCAUUACACAAGUCAUCCUAACACCGUAAGUGCAAAUAUUGUUGUAUUUGAAGACUCACCCUUGUUACCAGUACACAACAUAUCUCUUGGUUACAGUCCUGGACAAUAUGGUAGAGAAGUUGCAGAUGAUACGCCUUUUUCCUUUGACUCAAACAAAUUAAAAUAUUUUAGUUCACCAAAAUCUGGAAAUAUUACGGCAAAUCCCUCUUAUCCAAACCGCUGUGAUGGUAGAUCAUAUCAGAAUGAUGAAACACUUGGCACUCGCCAUAUCUACUUCAAAGAAUAUAGUGUGACGCUGGAACAUGGAGUACGGUACUAUAUCAAUGCAUACAUCUACAACACGCUGGGGUACUAUGCUUACCUUCUGUCAGGGGGAACUCUUGUUGAUUUUACUCCACCAGAGCCCGGGCUUAUUCUAAACAACAUAGAAGAUGUAUUUGUGAACGAUGGGUGCCGUGCAGCUAUCACACAGAGAUGCAGGGAGGUGACCUGGAAACCAAACCACAGAAAAAUAAUUGAUGGACCUGGCAGUAAAACCGUGUUCAAUGGUCACAGACCAUUAGAGGAUGCAUUGUAUUCAAUGGCAAACAAUUAUAUCUCAGCUAACUGGGAUGGUUUCCAUGAUGAUGAAAGUGGUGUUUGGGGAUACACUUGGGCUGUUGGGACUCGUGUUUGUGGAAAAGACAUAGUUGCAUUUGUGGAUCCAUUUUCCAAUUCACUUAGCCCAAAAAGCUGGACGUACACUGGAUUUGCUAAGGAUAUUUUCAUCCCAGAUGGAAAAUACUAUGUGACAACUCAAGCAAUCAACUCUGUGAUCCACGGAGGAGCACUUGUGACAACGGUUUGCCAUUCCACACCAAUCACCAUUGAUACAUCACCUCCACACUUCUAUGAAGUUGGUGAUUUGCUGUUUGAUGAAGAUUUUGACAUGCUGGGAGUUUACUACAAUGUAUCGGAUACUGAAUCAGGAAUCGCUAGGGUCGAUUUUGGUCUGGGGAAAACAAAGUAUGAUGUCAUGAUCCGAUCAUACUCACACCAUGCUUUCAUGGACAGAGCUAACCCAUAUUUGGUCUUAGAAGAUUUGAGACUUAAACCAGGUGUUCAAGCAUGGGUGCGUCUUCGAGCAGUUAACAAAGCUGGCCUCAUUACUGCAUCUCAUGGUAAGCAGCCUAUACUGAUUGACAAAACGCCACCAAUAUAUGGACAUGUUUACGACGGUGAUCAGCUCAAAAUGGAUUUGAUGUACCAGGCAGACAGUAACAAAAUAUGUGCUCAGUGGAUCGAUUUCUCUGAUCCAGAGUCUGGCAUUGCAAGGUAUCUAUGGGGUGUUGGUAGAAGUCCAAACAGUGACGACAUUGUCAAGUACACAAAUUUCUCGUAUGAGCUGAAGUCUUCAUGCUCUUCUGCCGUACUGCAGCACAACACGUCUUACUUCUCAACUGUUAUUGUGUACAACAGAGCAGUGAACCAAAAACACAUCACAGCUCUUUCUGAUGGAGUGUUGGUUGACACUACUACACCAAUUCAUGGGUGGAUACAUGAUGGUGAAAACAAACGGGAAGACAUGAACUACAGUUCAGAGACAGCCACAAUAAAAUCUGUAUGGGAUAACUUCACAGACCCAGAAAGUAAAAUAGCAGAUUAUUCUAUUAAAGUGUUUGUCAAUGGUCAACUACAAGGCACCUUUAAAGUUGGGAGAGAGACAUCGUUUACAGACCAUUCGAUUGCCACAAAGCAUGGAGAUAAAGUUAAUGUCGAGCUUGAAGUUCAAAAUGGUGCUGGGUUAACAACUGUAAAGCAGACAGAUGGAUAUAUUGUUGAUGAAACGCCACCACGCAUCGUUCGUUCUGAUGACAUGUCACAGUUAAUGUAUCAGACUGAUAACUCAUCCUUGUAUUUCAAAUGGGAAUUUGCCGAUUCAGAAUCAAAGCUAAAAGAAUAUCGGUAUAAAAUAUAUGAAGAUCAAGGUGGGUUAAAACAUAAGUUUUUCCCUGUUUAUAAGGAUUACAUAUCAGUCGACUUGAGGAAAUGCAAAUCAAUGGAAAAAGACAAAAAGCUUGAAAAUCUAACACUUCAAAAUGGUGCUAGAUAUUUUAUUCACGUGACAGCAAUUAAUAAUGCUUUGAAGUCAACAGUAGUUGAGCAACGUGGAAUCAUUGUCGACACUACUGCACCCAAUGUGAAACAGGUUCUAAUCGCAAUGCCUGGUGAUGAGGAAGACAUUAAUGAUGACCAAACAUCUGUUGUUCAUAUUCAAGGAGGAGACUUGCAUGUUUUUUGGAAAGCUAGUGAUCCAGAGAGUAAUGUUGUACAAUCCUCCAUUUGUAUCGCACUUAACGAUGAUAAAUGCUCUAAGGAUACACAUUUCAGAUCUGUUGGAAUGGAAAUGUCAGCAAGGAUAGACGGAGCACAACUAAAUGUAACUUCCAAAACACAGCAUUACUAUGUCUUUGUCAAAGUAAUAAAUGGAGCCUCAUUAACAGCCACGGCGCAAUCAAAGAAAAUCACUGUAAUAAAGGGUGAUGUGCCUGGUGAUGUAUUUGAUGGAAGGAAUGUAUAUCAUGAUGACAAUUUUCAACGUGACAAAUCAUCCAUUGCCAUAUCGUUCUCUGGUUUUGAAAGUGAAGCGUGUGGAAUAACCAGUUAUGAAUGGGGUGUAGGUACACAUCCUUUCGACACUGAUAUUCUUUCAUACACAAACUAUGGAUUGGUAGUUGUAAAUUCUACCUCAGGGUUUGCUCAAAUACACAACACAAAUUUUGAUGGUGUUAAAUACUUUGCAUCUGUUCGAGGAAAAACUGGUAAUAAUUGCCCCAGGGACUAUGUUGUAUCAUCAUCCGAUGGAAUUAUAGUUGAUAACAUUCCACCAAUCAUUUCAUUCCAAUAUGAAGAUGAUGAACCCCUUGACCAUAAUCACUACAAACUGGCGAAAUCAUCCUCAUUUGGUAUAUUUUGGAAUAUAACAGAUACUAUUGACAUUGACAGAUAUGAGUGGACAAUGGGUAAUGUGACUUUCAGAAAGGAAAAUGUAUUAAUCUUGUAUAAAGCUAAGGAUAGCCUAAACAUAAGCAGGACCUCUCUUACUGAGGGAGAUACUAAAUUUUUGACAAUACUUGCAAUUGAUAAAGCAGGCAACAUUGCAGAAAAGUCAUCAUCACCAAUCACGUAUGAUUCCACUGAACCCUUUAUAAACAAUUUCAUAUGUUCUACUGUCAUAUCUCAUGCACAGUCAAAUGUUAUAUGUUCAUGGGAUGGUAUUGGCGAUGCUGAAAGUUCAAUCGGUGAUUUCUUCAUAUCCGUGGAAAGUGAGCCUUUACUCUUUGACAUCAUGUCACCUCUGAAUUUAUCAAAAUUAGACCGAACAUGGAAUCGAGAAUUGAGAGAUGUAAUACAAAAUGACAUGGACAAAUUAUUCAUAACUGUAACUAUCAUCAAUAAAGUACGACUUAAAACCGUGAAAAGUAGAAAGGUCAUCAUAGACAAAACACCACCAGAAGUGGGAUAUGUUCACAUCGUUACCACCAUUAACGAUGCUGAUAAAUCCAUCACACAGAGAUGUCAGAUCCCAACUUCGUACAUUAAUAUUGAAUUUGACGAUUUUCAAGAUAAGGAAUCUGGAAUAGACAGAUAUGAAGCAGCAGUGGGGCGUAUCAAAGGAGGAGCAGAUAUAAAAGAGUUUGUUGCUGUGUACCUAGUACAUGGCACUGCCACUCUGCAAAAUCUUCACCUAAUUGAAGGAACGACUGUGUUUGUUACCUUGAAGGUUUACAACAGAGCUGGACUUUACACCAUGGUAUCAACAGAGGCUAUAUCAAUUAGUCCUAAUGCUCAUGUUGUUGUGAUUGAUGGGUCCACAUCUAUGGAUCAAGAUACACAAACUGAUCUUUCAGGAAUGCAGGGUCACUGGUCAUAUUCCCAGCCAUGCCCUGCAUUGAAAGUCGAUUGGGCAAUUGAAGACAUAACUGGUAAAAUAGUAAAACGUUUUGCACCAGUUCCUGAUAAACGUUCCCAUUUUUACAAUGAUGAAUUACAUCUUGAAAACAUGAAAACUUACAUCAAUGUGGUUAGAGUAGUUGAUGCCAUGAACAGGACACGAAUUGGGCGUUCAGAUGGUGUUUCAAUUCGAAUUCAACCACCCUAUCCUGGUUUUGUUAAUGAUGGUAUGGGUGAAGAUAUCAACUUUCAACAGAGUGAUAAUACCCUAUCAGCCAAUUGGCAUGGAUUUGGCCAUAACAACACAAAGAGCCCGUCGCAAAGCAUUGAACAUUACGAAGUGGCAGUUGGAAAUGACAGAAGAUAUGCAGAUACCAGAGUUAAUAUGUUGUACUAUCAAAAUGUAGGAUUGAAUCAGUCCAUCAUAUUCCACAACCUGCAGUUGACUAAAAAAACAGAAAAAUAUUACAUAACUGUCAGAGCAUACAGCAAAGCUGGGAGUUUCCAAGAGGCAUAUUCAAAUGGUGUAAAAGUUGGAUAUAUAGGCACAAUUAUAGCUGGAACAAUAAAAUGUCCUCGAGCUCAUUCAUCAACAGAUAAUCUUGCAGCAUCAUGGUCUGGGAUUUACUCUGAUAUCGGCAUACGGAAUUACCUUAUUGGUAUUGCAACUACUGAACCUCAACAAAAUAUUGGCAAGAUGUUUGUUUGUACUGAUAUGGAUAACAUGAACAUUUCAGCAAAUAUCCAUGCAUUUAUUAAUGUUCGACUCAACACUAAGCAUAAUUUAACUGGCCUAUCACUGACCCAUGGUUUCUCUUACACUAUGCUUCUUAUUGUAAAUGAUGAAGCUGAUAUGUGUCUGGCGAUGCAAAGCCACCCAUUUAUUAUUGACACAACACCACCAACAAUUGGCAACAUUCGAAUAGAAGGAGAAAUUAAUGAAAAGGUGAUGUACUCAAAUGUAUUGGAUGAGAUCACUGUCUACAUGGAUGGUGUUGAAGAUAAAGAGAGUAAUAUCGAGUUUUAUACUGUAGCUUUAGAUGAAGGGAAAAAGUGUACGCAUGAUGGACAGUUAAUCAAUGAAACACAAACAAUGAUAGCUAAACAAAAACUAAUAGAAGAUAAUGAAACUGUAUUUAAUAACAUAUUACUAAACCCCAACCAAGUCUAUUUUAUUUCAGUUGAAGCCCACAACAUGGCUCAUCUUACGACAAGUGUUAUUUCAAGGCCAAUUAAAAUAGACAAGUCGCCACCAGUUGCUGGUACAGUUCAUUCUGGAUCUAACUGGGGAACAUCCAUACAUUUCCAACAUGAACGAGACGUCAUCCAUGCAACAUUGGCUGUUUCCCAUUAUACUCAGUCAGUGGUAUGUGACAACGAGAUGUCUCUAGCUGCAUUUAAGAUAUUUGAUGAUGACGAGUUUUUAAAGGACAAUGUGAUCAAUGAUACUCAGCAGACUCGCCUGCUGGUCCAUCACGAUUCUUCUCUAAAACGGAUAGAAAAGGGAGCAGUGUCCUUCAAUAACAUAAAACUAGCUGAUGGAAACUAUACCGUCACUGUUAAGCCUGCUGCAGGGACUAAUAUAUUGACUGGAAUAAGUUUUACAUCUAAAGACAACUACAUCUGUCCUCGAUAUAUGAUCGGCAAUUUGUCUCAAUAUGCUCUGAAUGCAUCACCAGAUAAUGAAAGUUAUCCAUUUAUUAAUUAUGGAUAUAAUUUUGGUGUUCUCAUACAACGAUAUGAUAAUAAAUCAAACAUAGUCGAUCAUGGAAUAAUGUGGGUCCAAGAUAAAUUCAGCAUGCAUUAUUACAAAACACAGAUUGAUGUGGAAACAGAAACGCAUGAUUUCACAUUUAUGCUACAGAAUAAAAGCGUGUUACCAAUAACCAGCUGGGAUUUACAGUUUCUGAUUGAUGGACAACAGUCAGUAAUAUUUAACGGUUUAAUAUUUGACACUGAUCUCAGUUUGGACCUCUUCACGUGGAAUGCGAAUAAUUAUGUUCCCCCUGUUGUAGAUCCAUUCUCCCCCUUUAAAACCGAAGCCACUUUCACAAAAAUCAGAGUACCCAAACAUCAUAAACCUUUCUGUAUGUAUGGGUCUUCCUUUUCUGAUAAUGAAAGUGGCCUUAAGCAUAUAUGGAUUGGUUUGUCGGACAGUAAGAAUCAGACUGCAAACAUUGUCCCUUUUCAGUUACAGUCCUCAUUCUGUAACCUAUAUGACAUGUCUUGAAACCCAAUUACCAGGAUGUGUGCAACCUUCCUCGGUGGUGUUACUCCGAUUACAUUAGCUUUACACAAUAUCACGCUUGUUUCAGCCAGUGAAAGUAAUGCAACUAAAUUUACAAAUGUUGAUGAAGCUUUUUCUAACUUUGACCCCUCUAACUAUUUUGUUGAUAUUAAAGUUGAAAAUUAUGCAGGUUUAGUGACUUAUUCAAAGUCAAACGAUGUGUUGGUUGACACAACUCCACCGCACAUUGAGUUUGUGAAGUGUAUUGAUCCCAGUUACUCUUCAGAUGAAGCCAUUGAGUUUCUUGGGAUGAAUAAUACAAUUGGUGUCAAGUGGGAAGCUGAAGAAGACGUGAGUGGCAUUGUCUCUACGUUUGUCAGUAUUGGUUCAGCUUUUGGUAAACAGGACAUCAUUGCAGACAUAUUUGUUGAUGCCAAUAAAUCGAUCACAAUUGACGAUGGCCUCGAUAGUAAACUAAUCCAUAUGCAGAGAUACUUUGUGAAUGUUAAAGUAGAAAAUGGAGCUGGAGAGAACACUAUAAUGUCAUGUAAUUUUACGGUGGAUAUACGUCCUCCAGACACAAGUAAUGCUACUGCCUCUUCCAUGUUUUCUGAAUCUAUGAAUGCCAGCGAUCACGUAGUUGAGAUGACAAACUACACAGACAGAGUAGGUCUGACGUGGGAUAAUGAAAGUAUCAUCGGUGCACAUUAUUAUGAAUGGAAAAUUGGCAGUUCUUUCGAUGGAGAUGACAUUUUCCCUCUAAUAAUAAUUGGCACAAAAGAAGUGAGAAGUGUGGCAAUUGUUUCUGGUACAAUGAUACUCGAUGACAGGGAGACAAAUUCAAGUCUUCGAGACAUCGGUGAGCGAACUGUGACAAACAUUAAUAAAACAGAAGAUCCUUCUACUACGGACAAAAAUCACUUCCAAUUGGAACCUGGGCGCUGUGUUUACCAGUCUCUCUAUGUUGUCAGUAGAUCACAUCUACACAGUAAAAUCCAUGCUCCACCAUCAUGUAUUAAAAGAGAGAAUGACACAGUAAUUGAAUCAGGCGAAGAGCAUGUUGUCGUGUAUGACAAUGAAACAUUGAUUGCUGAUAAAGUGUUCGACGCAAUUCAAAAGCCUGAACUUACAUUUGAAUUUAAUGUUGAUAUCGGCAGCAUCUCGCUUGGCGUUCUUGACCAGUCCGAUGUUCAAAGUCCAUUUGGAUCAGCAGCAUCAGCAAAUUACAAACCGUAUUUAGUGGAUCCAGAUCAAACAUCGGACCAGUUGUCUCGGUUUCUCAGAACAAGGUUUGUAUCACAAACGAAUGCAAUGUUUUACAUUGCUCCAUUUCCACAAAUCAGACUCAAGAAAAAUAUACUUGUGCGCAAACCUUAUGACAGGAACAGUUUGAAACCUAAUACCGAAGUUGCACUUCUUUACUGGGACAAUGGUGAUCAGUUGUGGCGAAGUGUACAGGAACCAUGUGGUCUGGAAAACAUGGUCAAGCUGACAGAAAGAUCAUUUGAAACUGAGGUGUGUGGAGCUACAUUCAGUGAUACACCCGUGACGUUUGUGAAACAUGGCAUUGAGAAAAGAAGCAUUGCCGAGUUGUCUUCUCCUAGACAUUUCAUGAUAGCUGUAAUUAACAAAGAACUUCGCAAUUCCAUACCAUCUAUUGUGACUACAAACAUUGAUGGCAAAGAAGAUCAUAUUUUAGAGGCUACAAUAGAAUUUAAUGACCAUGAAGAAGAUAAUCUCACAUUUACUUUGAAAACUCAGCCAUCACAUGGUACUGCACAUAUAUCUUCGUAUGGGAUAUUGCGUUAUGUACCUAAUCAAGAUUUCACUGGUAAGGACAAAGUAGAAAUAUCUGCCUCUGAAAUAGUGGAUGCUCCAGGUGCAGAACCCAAUGAGAUUUCAGCUGUGAUCCACAUUAACAUGAAUAAUAUCAAUGAUGCCCCAUUUUUGCUCUUCCAAAACUCCAGGAACAAUUUUAUAAACUCUGAAGUAACGGACUUUGUUGAUGUUGAACUUACAAAUGAAAGUACAACGCAUCUGGUCGGUACAUUUUGGAUGACAGAUAUAGACAAUCCUGACAAUCUCACCUACUUCACGAAAUUUUCAGAGCAGUCAACCACUAUGAAUUUUACACUGGUUUCACCACCUACUCCAGACCAAGAAGACGUACAAGUCAUCCUGACUGGUUCAUAUGGCACCAUUACAAAGCAGCAGCUCUGGUUGCACCAUCAUCCAAAUUACACAGGCUCAACAAAAAUGUCCUUUAUCGUUAUGGACCAUGAUAAUGCCUAUAGUCGUCCUAUAACUAUAGAAGUACAUGUGCAUGUCUGUGUAACGCCACAUACAGAUGACGAUCUUUCUGAAGUGGACGGAGGUCUUUCUUCUAUUGACAUUACUGUGGGUGUCGUCUGUUGUGUCAUAGUCCUAGCUCUCAUUGCUGCCUUUUCCUUCUGGCACUACCUGAAGUCAAAGAACACAAACAGAUAUACGAGUAUUGCACCUGACACUUUUGUUAAUGCCACCUACGAUGCCAGUGACCCUAGUGCUCUAGAGGUACCACCGGAGAUCUUUUAGAAUAAAGUAUUCCUCAGCCAUGAAGAUGCCUCAAGAACGACAGAAGAAUAUGUGGAACACGUCCAGUUGACAUAUCAGAAAUCUAACGUUUGCUGAAUAUAACUAUUUGCAUAGACGUGUUCAAUGUAUGUGAUAUAUAGUAUAUGUUAUUCAAUUCAGGUAUUGAUGUAUUUAGCUAUUAAUUCUAGUAAUUGUGUGUGCUACUCUGCUAAACGACUGCAGGUAACUGAACAAUCACAGUGACUAUGAUUGAGAAUAAAACACCGAGAUAUAUAUGCUAGGCACUUACAUUUCAAAAGACAGCUGAGGGACAUAUUUACAUGAUAUACUUUACACAUAUAUUAGAGCAUGCAGUUUGAGUUUAUUUUGGAAUAUUGCUAAAAUACAGACAUGCAAUUGAUAUAUGUACAUUUUGUGUUGAUUUACAAAGGGCUGUCAGGUGUUUGUUAAAUAAUAUUUAUUUGCAAAGAUGUAACCAGAAAAGACAAAUAUUAGAGCAUGCAAUUUGAGAGUUUAUUGUCGAAUAUUGUAAAAAUUCAAAUAUCCAUUGCAACGUUAACUAUCAGUAGACAUAAGUACAUGCUAUAUCGAUUUACAAAGGGGUCAGAUAUUUGGUUUUAAAAUAUAUUUCUUUGCAAAGAAAUAAAAAAAGAGACGAUUUUUAGAAGCACUGCUUACAACAUAAUAAAGUGUUUUAGUGUAGCGCUAAAUACUAAUUUACAGGGAAUUAAUAUAAUUAAAAUAUACUCAGUUAAA